AUGCCCCGUGUCUUUUUGGUCAGGAGUCGACGUCCACAGCCACCCAACUGGGGCCACCUGCCUGACCAGCUCCGGGGAGAUGCCUACAUCCCAGAUUGCAGCAGCCAAGGGAGGCCGGCAGCACACCAGACUUCUGGCCUCAGGAACUCGUGGGCAAUGCCCACACAGGGAACCCUGGCAUCCACUCCCAGGGGUCCUGGGACACUUGGCUGCCCCUUGUGCCCCAAGGCCUUCCCCCUGCAGCGCAUGCUGACUCGGCACCUUAAGUGCCACACCCCUGCACGCCGCCACGUGUGCCGCUGCUGUGGCAAAGGCUUUCACGAUGCCUUCGAUCUCAAGCGCCACAUGAGGACUCACACUGGGAUCCGGCCUUUCCGCUGUGGAGCCUGUGGGAAAGCUUUCACGCAGCGCUGUUCCCUGGAAGCGCAUCUCGCCAAGGUGCAUGGACAGCCGGCUAGCUACGCCUACCGCGAGCGCCGCGAGAAGCUGCAUGUUUGUGAGGACUGCGGCUUCACAAGCGCCCGGCCGGAUGCUUACGCCCAGCACCGCACCCUGCAUCACGCCUGAGCCCCCGUCCCACCCGCCAGGCCCAGGCGAAUAAACACGGGAAAUAUGGGCACAGAAUCUGG